CUUCUUUUUUCCCUACAAGCCGAGAUGGCGAUGAUGAAGAAGCAACAUUUGAAUGCGAUUCGUGAAGAGCAAAAAAGAGUCACUACUGCAGAGCAACAAGCAAGAAGAUCGGCAAUGAUAUACGAAGCAAGAGUGGCCUGUUUGGAGGCUCGAUUAGCUGAACUCUCCGAAAUUGUUGGGGGCUACGACAGACUGAGACAACAAGAUCAAUUAGCCAUUCAAAAAUUGAAGGACCAGUUAGCUAUUUUGCAGAACACUGAGCACAGCGAAGCCGUAAUGUCGAAUAACCAGCCAGAGGAAAUUAUUUCCAAAAUAAAGGCUAUGUUUACUUACUUGUUGGAUCUCGACAAUCAGAAGAAAGAUUCAACUUAUGUAAAAUCAUUGCUCAAUACUUUAAAUUUCCGAGAUGAACAUUACGAUUACAAGGAGAAUGGUCAACAACAAAAACAGAAUCUGUCUCUGACACAUGAUAAGGAUCAUGAUAAGACUCAAUUAAAUCUCCUCAAAGUGCACAAUAGUAAUUUAGAGGAAAGAAUACGUAUGAUUAGCAACGAAAUGUUAAAUAAAGAAAAAAGUUUGCAAGAGCGAUUGGAUCAUCAACAAAAGUUGCUUCAAGAAGAACGUUCAAAACUGGAGCAUACAUUGCAUCAAAAAGAGAUCGAAUAUCGUAAUAAAAUAUCUACCCUGGAACAACAAUUAUUCCGACAAAGAGAGAGGUCUAUGGCGCUCGUGGAGGAAAAAGAUAAAGAAAUAUUAACUCUUAAAACAUCAUUUCGCGCAUUAUUACCUAACAAUGAGACAGCUGCUGCGACGGAAACUAAGACACAUCUAAAUAGAUACGAGAAUACUGUCGAACCGGUUACUGAUUUGGUAACAGGAUUACUGACAAAUGACAGUCCUCCGAUACUGCAUUACAUUCAGGAAUUGGCCAGGAAAGAGGUGCAAAUAUCGUUUUCGAGAAAAAAGAUUUUGGAAUUGGAAGCAUCAUUGAGAGAACAGCAAAGAGAAAUACUUUAUAUGAAAGAGCAACAACAGAAUGAAACUAAAUCUUUGAAAGCACAUAUCAUUAGGUUGGAAGCAUGCAAAUCGAGAGAAGGUGCCAAUCUGGAAUACUUGAAGAAUGUAUUCAUAAAUUACUUAACGACGAAUGAUGCGUCCAGUAAACGGCAUAUAUUAAAUGCUAUUUCAACAGUAUUGCGUUUCACACCCGACGAACUUAGUAAAGUUAAGCAUUAAUAUUAGGGAUAUUUUUAUUAUUAAUAUAUAUUUCUCUUCAUAGAAAAAAUAAAAACAUAGUAUCUACAAUUAUAAUUUAUUAAUUAUAAUUAAGUUCCAAAACAAAUUAGAAUUAAGCUCCUCCUUGCACCUUCUUCAAUUCAUAAAUUACGUAACGACGAAUGAUGCGUCCAGUAAACAGCACAUGUUAAAUGCUAUUUCAACAGUAUUGCGUUUCACACCCGACGAACUUAGUAAAGUUAAGCAUUAAUAUUAGGGAUAUUUUUAUUAUCAAUAUAUAUAUUUCUCUUUAU